AUGCCGAGCCAAUCGCGCGACCGAGACCGUCGCGACAGACGAGACCGAGACCGCACACAAGACCACGAACGCGCCCGCCGCCGAGACCGCGACUACGAGCGCGAGCGCGAAUAUAUCCGCGGUCGAUACGAAGAAGUCGAAGGCACGUCGAGCCCCAGUAACGAGCGCAGCGCCAAAUAUCGCUUCCGUGGAGAAUCAGGGUACGAUUCGCAUUCGCAGACGGAGCGUGAUGAGUAUGAUGAAGAGCGCGAGCGGAGGCGGGAACGGAGACGUCGUCGUCGUGAAGAAGAUUUAGCUUAUGGGUCUCCUGUCUCGGAGAGACGACGGGAACGAGGGAGUUCGAGGGCGAAGGAGUCACCUGCUACGUCACCGAGGAAGAGUGCGCGGGAUCGAGAUGGGUACCGACGACGAGAUGAGACUGGUAGUCCGGUGCGGGAACGACGGAAUCGCGAUGCUGAUGUUGAUGCUGAGACUGAGGCGCGGCGACGGAGACGACGGGAGCGUGAGCGGGAACGUGAGCGGCAGCGUGAGAGGGAUAUUGAUGCUGCUGCUGAUGUGCCGGCGCGGAAACAUCGCAGUACGGAAUCAUCGAGCAGUGCUUCGCAUCUGCUGAGUGUGGAUGCUAUGGCUCGUCUGGCAGCUGAACAUGAAGAUAAUGAUCGACGAGAACGGUCUCGAGAUGCCCAUGACGAAGAGGAGUCACGCAGGGAGCGGCGUCGACAGCGCAAAAUGGCAGCUUUAGACGAUGCUGGGAGUCCUGCACUUGGUGCUGAUGUCGCAGAGGGUCGAUCGCGCCACAAAGCCGGAGCUCGAGUAGUCUCAGGCGCCUACCUGGAGGAAGGCCAUAGUUCUGAUGCGCGGGUUCGUCGUCGGGGCGGUGGUGGUCCAGCCAUGGAAGAUCACUGGAAGGAAGAGGACAGCUGGGAGGGCAGCUAUGAUAGCCGGGGUGGACCGCCAGCAUGGAUGUUCUGGUCCAAUUGGUCUAAGAGAAAGCGUAUCAUUCUUGGGGGUUUACUGUUGUUGGUGAUCGUGCUGGCUAUUGCCAUCCCAGUUGGGCUUGUUGUAUCCAAGAAGAAAGACACAGACUCAGGAUCUGGCUCUUCUGGCUCCUCCGAUUCAGAUGAUGCUUUGACUUCCAAUUUGGACAGCAUCAGUCGCGACAGUAUCCCGAGUUAUGCAAAGGGCACAGUGCUAGACCCAUUCACAUGGUACGAGACAAACGGCUUCAAUGUCACAUUCACCAAUGCCACCAUGGGUGGUCUUUCACUCAUGGGACUCAACUCUACCUGGGACGACUCGACGCGGCCAAAUGACAACGUCCCUCCCCUCAACAAGGCGUUCCCGUACGGCACCCAACCCAUUCGCGGAGUGAACAUCGGAGGUUGGCUGUCCAUCGAACCCUUCAUUACGCCAUCCCUGUUUAAGAAAUGGUCAUCUUCUGAUGGAAUUAUCGACGAGUACACCCUGACCAAAAAGCUUGGCAACUCUGCGAAAUCUACCAUCGAGAAGCAUUACGCCGAAUUCAUCACCGAAUCAGACUUUGCAGAGAUCAAAGAAGCCGGACUGGACCACGUUCGCAUUCAAUAUUCCUACUGGGCUAUCACAACCUACGACGAUGACCCGUACGUCGCUAAGAUUGCCUGGCGUUACCUUCUGCGCGCCAUCGAAUGGUCACGUAAGAAUGGACUGCGGGUGAAACUCGACCUCCACGGUCUUCCUGGCAGCCAGAAUGGCUGGAACCACAGUGGCCGCCAAGGCAGCAUUAAUUGGUUGAAUGGUUCAGAUGGGGAGCUCAACCGCAAACGAUCGCUUGAGAUUCACGAUCAACUCUCGCAGUUCUUCGCGCAAGAUAGGUAUAAGAAUGUGGUCACCAUCUACGGUUUGGUCAAUGAGCCUCUGAUGCUGUCUCUUCCAGCUGAAAAGGUUCUGAAUUGGACGCAAGAGGCAGCAGAACUUGUUCGAAAGAACGGCGUCAACGCUACACUUGUCUUGCAUGACGGCUUCCUGAAUCUAGACAAGUGGGACAACAUGUACAAGACUCACCCAGACAACAUGUACUUGGAUACCCACCAGUACACCACUUUCAACACCGGCGAAAUCGUCCUCAACCACACCGCCAAGGUUGAGAUCAUCUGCAACAACUGGUACACCAUGAUCCAGGAGAUCAACGUCACCUCAUCCGGAUGGGGCCCUACUAUGUGCGGCGAAUGGUCUCAAGCAGAUACAGAUUGCGCCCAGUACGUCAAUAAUGUCGGCCGCGGUACACGCUGGGAAGGCACCUAUGACACCAAAGAUUCAACCGCCUACUGCCCAACAGCAGACGACGGAACCUGCAGCUGCGCGAAGACACAAGUCGACCCAUCGCAGUAUUCCGACACAUACAAAAGCUUCCUCCAAACCUACGCCGAGGCCCAGAUGUCCGCCUUCGAGACAGCCAUGGGCUGGUUCUACUGGACCUGGCGAACCGAGUCAGCAGCACAAUGGAGCUACCGCACAGCAUGGAAGAACGGCUUUAUGCCCAAAAAGGCAUAUUCGCCAUCUUUCAAGUGCGGAGACACAGUCCCAGAAUUCUCCGGCAUGCCCGAGUACUACUGA